AACAAAUUCUUAUUUACAGUGACGGCCUACCCCGGCCAAACCCUAACCCGGACGAAGUUGGGCCAAUUGUGCGCUGCCCUAUGGGGCUCCCAAUCACGGCCGGUUGUGAUACAGCCUGGAAUCGAACCAGGGUCUGUAGUGACGCCUCAGGCACUGAGAUGCAGUGCCUUAGACUGCUGUGCCACUCGGGAGCCCACUAAGAUUAAGCAUCACCAUUUCAAUUUAAAAACAUUUAUUGUAAAUCAAUGUAUUACAUUGAUGAAGGGAUCAUAUUUUUAAAUCGUAGGCUUACAAACGAAAAUUACGUGAUUUUCUUCUUAAUUUGUUCUUUAGUAGGGUUCUUCCCUCCUUUUUGACAUAUGUCCAGAACAACCAUCCACUCCUCGAACACAACCACUUUCCUUCUAUGAUUCCUACCCCUCUCCUCAGAACACUCAUGCCUCUCCAGAAGGAAACCCUCAGAGACGUCUGGACAGACGACAGGUCUCAAAGUCAAGAUGUGUCCACUCCACAUACGCCAAAGAAGAAGGCAGAGUCAGCCAACCCAACGACCAAUGGUGCCGAUGCCAAGCCCAAGAAGAGCAAGAACAAGAAGAGCGAAGAGCUGUCUGGAGAAGAGAGUCCUGCUGUUCAAAGUGGAAAAAAGGUCAAGAAAAAGAAACCAGACGAAGAAAAAACAGAAAAGGAAAAAGUGAAAGGGAAAGAGAAAGACGAGCCAAAGAAGAAAACAAAAAGUGUGCCAAAGAAAAAGAAAGGUUCAGAUACAGAAGAAGAUGAUGACGAGGAAGAGACUCCACAAAAGAAGACAAAGAGAAAGACCACAAAAGAAGGUUCUGACAAAGAUGGCAAGGAGAAGAAAUCCAAAGCUAAAGAUGACAAAGAGUAUGACAAAAAAUCGAUGAAAGACACCAAGAAAAAGGAACCGGCUUCUCUGUUCUGUGUAAAUGGAGAUAAGGAUAAGUCAGACUCCAAGAGCAAGAAGAAAGCAGCCAAAUCUGAUAGUGAUGACAGUGAACCAGAAACCAAGUCCAGCAAGUCAAAAUCAAAAAAGAAGGAGAACGCCAACCCGGCAUCCAUGUUCGCAGCAGGGGGAGACAAGGACAAGGAUAAGGGUAAAGACAAGGACAAAGACAAGAAGAAGAAGAAAGCCAAAGCAUCAGAGAGUGACGAUUCUGACUCUGAGGCAGAAAAAGGGACAAAAAAGAAAAAGGGUAAAGGGAAGAAGAAGAAGGAGGAGAGGCCUCCAUCCCCGGACAUUGAGUUUGACAGCCUGGAGGAGUUUGUCCUGCAGCCAGCCCAGCAGGGGGUGACGGUCAAAUGCAAGAUGACCCGGGACAAGAGGGGCAUGGACAAAGGCUUGUAUCCCACAUAUUAUCUCCACCUCGACAAUGAAAAGAAGGUCUUUCUACUGUCUGGGAGAAAACGAAAGAAAAGCACAACCUCCAAUUACCUUAUCUCCAUUGACCCCACAGACUUGUCUCGGGGUGGAGAAAAUUUCAUUGGAAAGUUGAGGUCCAAUAUGAUGGGCACUAAGUUCACAGUGUUUGACAAUGCUCUGCAUCCAGACAGAGCUCUACCAGACAUGUCCAAUGCUCGCCAAGAACUAGCAGCCAUCAUUUAUGAAACGAAUGUCUUGGGAAUAAAGGGCCCCAGAAGGUUGACCGUCAUCAUCCCAGGGAUGGGCAAGGACAGUGAACGGGUGCCCAUCCGACCUCGCAGAGACAACAGCGGUUUGCUGAUGAAGUUCCAGAACAGAAAGAUGGACAAUCUGAUCGAACUCCACAACAAGACCCCCACGUGGAACGACGACACGGCGUCACAUGUGCUGAACUUCAACGGCAGGGUCACACAGGCCUCCAUCAAGAACUUUCAGAUCAUCCACAGCAAAGAUGAGGCCUAUAUUGUGAUGCAGUUUGGACGAGUAGCAGAUGAUGCCUUCACUCUGGACUAUAGCUACCCCAUGUGUGCGGUGCAGGCCUUUGCCAUCGCUCUAUCCAGCUUUGAUGGCAAAAUAACCUGCGAAUAACUGGAAACCAUGGGCCCUGGUGCCUCCUCAAGCUGCUGCAACUCGAUAUACUACAGAUGCACACUACCAGAAAGAACCAUUUCCUUCACCACUUUAACACUCAACAUCAGUGCAAAGGUACACAGAAGGAUGGAUGAGACGAGAUGGGAAUCCAAGUGCAUUUGAUAACACAUGGACUGUCUUCUGGGAUUGUUUUGUUUGUUUGCGUCUCAUAUGCACAGGAGGCUGUUGAGGGGAGGGCGGCUUAUAAUAAUGGCCCGGAACGGAGCUGGCGGAAUGGCAUCAAACACCUGGAAACCGUGUGUUUGAUGUAUCGGAUACCAUUCCACUAAUUCCACUCCAGCCAUUACCACGAGCCCGUCCUCCCAAAUGAAGGCGCCACCAACCUCCUGUGGUCUCAUGAUAAUGAUAAUCAUAAACAUUUCUGGGAACAAGAUUACUUUUUCCACAGGAGAUCUUUGCUGAUGCUGCAUGCAAGGCUGAGCACUUGAGAUUUGGUGUGCUUUGGCAUUACACCAUUUCAGUGUCGGGGGAUGCAGACCAAUUGGGGGAUGAAAGUAACAUCUGAAGACUGAAAGCCUAUCUCCCUCCCACCUACAUCAAGGAUUUUAUAGUAUAGUACAUGUCCAAUAUUCAUUCAUUCUGUUGUAUUUCGUUUGGAAGGCAAAUCCAAUCAUGUGUAAUCUCAAGUCCAUUGGUAGAAAAACUAGGUCUACGUGGACUUAUUUAGGUAUACUUAUUCUUUUUAUCAGUAGGGUUACAUUUGUUUCCAUGCAUUGUGGUAUGUCAACAUUAUGAAAUUGACCUUAUCUUAGCUCAAUGUGUGCUUAUCAGAUGUCUACUGUAUGUUCAUAUUAGGGAUUUUUAUCACCAAUAUUAUGGCCUCAAACAAAUUAGAGGUUUCAUUGUGAACACUUAAGAGGCAGUGGCAUAAGGCAAUAUGCUUGUACCAAUUGUGGGCAGGCACAAGUAUUUUCCUAAUCUCAUUUGCUGUUCUCAUUCCACUCAAGCAUCAAUUUUGUUGUUCUGUUACCUGCCUUUUUAUGUUCUCUCUAUGUACAGUUGAAGUCGGAAGUUUACAUACACCUUAGCCAAAUACAUUUAAACUCAGUUUUUCAUAUUCCUGAUAUUUAAUCCUAGUAAAAAUUCCCUGUCUUAGGUCAGUUAGGAUCUCCACUUUAUUUUAAGAACGUGAAAUGUCAGAAUAACAAUAGAGAGAAUUUUUUAUUUAAGCUUUUAUUUAUUUCAUCGCAUUCCCAGUGGGUCAGAAGUUUACGUACACUCAAUUAGUAUUUGGUAGCAUUGCCUUUAAAUUGUUUAACUUGGGUCAAAUGUUUCGGGUAACCUUCCACAAGCUUCCCACAAUAGUUGGGUGAAUUUUGGCCCAUUCCUCCUGACAGAGCUGGUGUAACUGAGUCAGGUUUGUCGGCCUCCUUGCUCGCACACACUUUUUCAGUUCUGCCCACAAAUUUUCUAUAGGAUUGAGAUCAGGGCUUUGUGAUGGCCACUCCAAUACCUUGACUUUGUUGUCCUUAAGCCAUUUUGCGACAACUUUGGAAGUAUGCUUGGGGUCAUUGUCCAUUUGGAAGACCCAUUUGCGACCAAGCUUUAACUUCCUGACUGAUGUCUUGAGAUGUUGCUUUAAUAUAUCCACAUAAUUUUCCUCCUCAUGAUGCCAUCUAUUUUGUGAAGUGCAACAGUCCCUCCUGCAGCAAAGCACCCCCACAACAUGAUGCUACUACCCCCGUGCUUCACGGUUGGGAUGGUGUUCUUCAGCUUGCAAGCAUCCCCCUUUUUUCUCCAAACAUAAUGAUGAUCAUUAUGGCCAAACAGUUCUAUAUUUGUUUCAUCAGACCAGAGGACAUUUCUCCAAAAAGUAUGAUCUUUGUCCCCAUGUGCAGUUGCGACCCAUAGUCUGGCUUUUUUUAUGGCGGUUUUGGAGCAGUGGCUUCUUCCUUGCUGAGCGGCCUUUCAGGUUAUGUCGAUAUAGGACUCGUUUUACUGUGGUUAUAGAUACUUUUGUACUGGUUUCCUCCAGCAUCUUCACAAGGUCUUUUGCUGCUGUUCUGGGAUUGAUUUGCACUUUUCGCACCAAAGUGCGUUCAUCUCUAGUAGACAGAACGCGUCUCCUUCCUGAGCGGUAUGACGGCUGCGUGGUCCCAUGGUGUUUAUACUUGCGUACUAUUGUUUGUACAGGUGAACGUGGUACCUUCAGGCGUUUGGAAAGUUCUCCCAAGGUUGAACCAGACUUGUGGAGGUCUACAAAUUUUUUUCGGGGGUCUUGGCUGAUUUCUUUUGAUUUUACCAUGAUGUCAAGCAAAGAGGCACUGAGUUUGAAGGUAGGCCUUGAAAUACAUCCACAGGUACACCAGCAAAUUGACUCAAAUAAUGCCUAUCAGAAGCUUUUAAAGCCAUGACAUAAUUUUCUGGAAUUUUCCAAGCUGUUUAAAGGCACAGUCAACUUAGUGUAUGUGAACGUCUGACCCACUAGAAUUGUAAUACAGUGAAUUAUAAGUGAAAUUAUCUGUCUGUAAACAAUUGUUGAAAAAAUUACCCGUGUCAUGCACAAAGUAGAUGUCCUAACCAACUUGCCAAAACUAUAGUUUGUUAACAAGAAAUUUGUGGAGUGGUUGAAAAACGAGUUUUAAUGACUCCAACCUAAGUAUGUAAACUUCCGACUUAAACUGUAUGUUCUCUCUUAGACUAGACUCUGACUUUGUAUGAAUCAUGUGGACAAGAGACUUAUAUUGACAGCUAUUGACAAACAUAAGGCUCCAUUAUUGUUGUUUUGAUAACGAUUCUUAAUGUAUGAUCAGAAGGUUGACAAUGCAUUUCAGUGUCUUGCGAACCAAAGUGCAGGCUUGGAGAUAACAUGCUCAAAUAAUAAUGAAUUUAUCUGCAAAUAAAGUAUGACAUGUUUAAAACAAAUUCUUACAGGAUAAGCAUAUUGUUGCACAAACUAUUUUAUUUUACACCUGCUACUUUAGGUUACACAAAUCCAAAAGAUGACGCUGUAGUUUACUGUGCAUUUGACAGCACUAUAAGUGUUUACAUUAUAACUAAUUGGAAACUCAAUGCUAACUGUGGCCUGCAUUGAUUCGACUCUUGCUUUUGACUGACAUCAAAAUAUUUGUAACUGGAAAAUGUUUUUUUAUGACAAAAUGUAUCAGCCAUUGGUUUUCUAGUUGUGGACUAUGGAGUGAGAUUUGUUUCUUUAUUGUGUAAUAUGUCUACCGCGAUCUGUGCAUAUUCAGCAUAACUCACAAAUAAAACUGAUUAUGAAUUUCUAAAAAUAUCUUGUGAAAAAAACUAUCCAUAAAUAUGUAAAAACAUGUCACAAUAAACCAUCAUCUGUGAAUAUGUCAAACAUAUUAAGGAAAUUAAACCAUAAUCCGUAAAUUGGAAAAAGUCAUGAAUAGUCAUGAAGUCAUGAAUAAAUCGAUCUGUAAAUAUAUUCAACAUAGCUCACAAAUAAAACUACAAUUUGUUCAGAAAUCCCUAACAUUUACAACUGUGGAAUUUGCACAUUCAAAAAGUGCUUGUGGAUCGGUAUUCCGCCUGUCAAUGUAUUGCAAUCCACAAAUGAGUCGGCUGUGACGCGCAGAGUGAAGCAAAGUGUCUCAUUUAUCCAUAAUAAAGAACAACCAUGAAAUGUGCGUAUAAUGUAUAUUUACCAACAAAUUAAACUCAGCAAAAAA